AUGGCGAGCUCUCUGUCGAUGAUAUACAAGUAUGCUGUGCCGGUCGCCGUCGGUGCCUCAUUUAUCCAGGCCUCAAUGUACGAUGUGAAGGGCGGAUACCGCGCAGUUAUCUUCGACAGGCUUUCUGGUGUGAAGGAGAACGUCGUCAACGAAGGCACACAUUUCCUUAUUCCAUGGCUACAGAAGAGCGUUAUCUACGAUGUCAGGACGAAGCCUAGAAAUAUUUCUACCACCACCGGAAGCAAAGAUUUGCAAAUGGUCAGCCUGACGCUCAGAGUGCUGCAUAGGCCUGAUGUUCAAAAGCUACCGGUUAUCUACCAGCAACUCGGACAAGAUUACGACGAGAGGGUUCUCCCAUCCAUCGGAAACGAAGUUCUCAAGUCCAUUGUCGCACAAUUCGAUGCCGCAGAAUUGAUUACCCAGAGAGAAGCUGUCUCAAACCGUAUCCGUACCGACCUUCUUCGACGUGCCAAGGAGUUCAACAUUGCCCUUGAGGAUGUCUCCAUCACCCACAUGACUUUUGGCCGUGAAUUCACCAAGGCCGUUGAACAGAAGCAGAUUGCACAGCAAGACGCUGAAAGAGCCCGGUUCAUUGUUGAGAGAGCCGAGCAGGAGAGACAAGCCAACGUUAUCCGCGCCGAGGGUGAGGCAGAGAGUGCCGAUAUCAUCAGCAAGGCCGUUGCUAAAGCUGGUGACGGUCUAAUCCAAAUCCGAAGAAUCGAAGCCAGCAGAGAUAUCGCUCAGACACUCUCCUCAAACCCCAACGUCACAUAUAUCCCCGGCGGCGAAGGUGGAAAGGAAGGCGGAAAGGGCACCGGACUUCUCCUUGGUUUAAGAUCAUAG